AUGGGGGGCAAGCAGAGCACGGCGACCCGCUCGCGGGGCCCCUUCCCGGGGGUGUCGACGGAUGACAGCGCCGUGCCGCCGCCGGGAGGAGGUGGGGGGCCGCCCCCCUUCGGCCAUUACCGGGCGGGCGGCGGCGGCGGCGCGAUGGGGCUGCGCAGCCGCUCCGUCAGCUCGGUGGCCGGGAUGGGCAUGGACCCGGCGGCGGCCGGCGCUGUCCCCUUCGGGCUGUACGCGGCGGCGGCACGGGCGGCGGGGGAGGCCGAGCGGGCCCCGGGCGGCGGCGGCGGUCCGGGCUCCGACUCCACGUACGCCCAUGGCAACAGUUUCCAGGAGACGGGAGGCGGUCACCAUAGAGACGGGAUGCUGUACCUGGGCGCCAGGGCCUCGCUGGCCGACGCGCUGCCCCUUCACAUCGCACCGCGGUGGUUCAGCUCGCACAGCGGUUUCAAGUGCCCCAUUUGCUCCAAAUCUGUGGCUUCUGACGAGAUGGAAAUGCACUUUAUCAUGUGUCUGAGCAAACCUCGCCUCUCCUACAACGAUGACGUGCUGACCAAGGAUGCCGGCGAGUGCGUGAUCUGCCUGGAGGAGCUGCUGCAGGGGGACACGAUAGCCAGGCUGCCCUGCCUCUGCAUUUAUCACAAAAGCUGUAUAGACUCAUGGUUUGAAGUGAACAGAUCUUGCCCAGAGCAUCCUUCUGAUUGACCCGCCGAGCGUGCUUGCUGACUUCUCUCUAAGGGCACCUUGCUAAACCUGCUGUACCUCCUCUCCCCGUCCCCCCCACCCCGCCUGGAGUUUUGGGCUGACUUUAAAUUCCUCAAGAAGACAAAAAUAAAACCCAGAAACUUGAAUCCACUUGGGACAACGGCGGAGUUUUUAUUUUAUUUUAUUAUUUUUAUUUGUUCUGUUGUUUUUCUGCUUUUUGUUUUGUUUUGGUUUGGUUUUAUUUUAUUUUAUUUUUUUUUUAUUUAAAAGACUUAAAACAAAAAGAAAACAUCCAGGAGACGACAGUGUGAGAAAAGCGGAGCGACCUGCUCUCCCCUCCACAGCCGCUGGUCACCAGGAGAGCUCUGCCUGCCAGGGAGGCCCCGGGGACGCCCUCGGCCGAAACCCUGCCAUGAUGUUUGGCUUUUCUCCCCGAACCGAAAGGGGAAAGCUGCCGGGGGACAGCCGGCCAAACGGAGCACGUGGCGUUUCUCACCGGCAACCCCCCCACCUCCCACCCGGACUCGCCCGGGGGCUCUGCUCGGUUUUUUUGCACUGACUAAACGGGAAAUUUCUCCUCUCUCCCAUCUCCCUUUUGGAGAUCUCCACCCCGGCCCCGACAGCGUUGAGAUGGGGACUCUGCCCCACGCCGGGAGCGGGGCCACUGCUCCCCCCUGCUGAGUCGCAGGGGUCCGUCUUUCAAGUGUUUACAAUGAGAAAAAAAAAAAAAAAAGGAAAAAAAAGGAA